AUGAGAGUAGGAACAAGACUAUUGUUUCUAGUUUCUUCUCUCAGCGCAGUUUUAGCCGCUACGCUGUCAACGAUCAUUGUGACGAGCACGAACCCAGCUGGCGUUGUGGUCACGUUGACAAGUAUAUCCACAGUGACUCCAGCUGCUGCUGCUGCUGCUGCAACAACAGGCCCCACUGUUGUCACUACUACGAAUGCUGCUGGAGCUGUGAUCACAAGCACUGUUACUCCCGCAACGGGUAACGUUGUUACCACGACAGACGCGGCCGGCAACGUAAUCACCACGACCGCUGCCGGAGUCACUGCUACCGGCACUACACCCGCCGCCAGUGUGAUCACCACGACAAAUGCAGCAGGUGCCGUAAUAACAAGCACCCUGGCUCCUUCCUCAUCUUACAGUGUGAUCACGACCACUAAUGCUGCCGGUGCGGUUAUCACGUCUACCGUGACCGGUCCUGCUUCCGGCUCUGCAUCAAGCACGGCCUCGGUUGUUACCACGACGAACGCUGCAGGUGCAGUGAUUGUGUCCACUAUUUCCGGCUCUAGUUCGAGUUCCAGCAGUGCCAGUGCAAGUUCCGUUUCAAGUGUCUCGUCGUCGUCGUCCUCCCUCACGACUGCUGCUGCUGUUGUGGCGAACCCGAACGGCAGGCCCGACCCAUCCACGUCUCAGACACAACUUCCACUAAGUCCCGUAACCACGCUCUCCGUUGCGUCUUUUGUUACUAUCACUGAGGGCACCACGACGUACACUACGACCAGAGGCCCAACGGUCAUUUGGGUAACCUUGACUAGAAGUGGUCAGGUUUUGACCGUCUCGACGACGUUUGCACAAAGGUUUGCCAGUCAAUUCUCAACGACAGCGCAACCUUCUUCAGGUUCUAUCGGCUUGGGCACGAUUAGUGGUGAGGUUGGAUACGUGAAGUCCACGCAGUAUUUGACAAUCACCAACGGGGGCAAUUCAAACAGAAUUUCGAUGGCAUCGGGCUUUUUGGCUUUCCUUUUAUGGCUGAUUUAG